AUCAUUGGAAAACUCCCGAGGCUUAUUUACUCGAAUGGCAGUGGGUUGUUGAGUCAGACAGAAAUCCAGCAAAAAUGACAAUUUUUGGUUUUUCUUGUCGUAUCCUGAGUUAGUAUGUCGUCGGAUAGCGAGCUGGAUGAGUUUUAUGAUGCGGAGGACGCCACACCAAGACCGAUACUCAAGAAUAUCCCUCCUUCCAAAGAUACACAGCUAAGAAACAGUUUGGAGGAACAAGAGCGGAAGCUGAUAGAGUUCAAAAGGAAACAAGAAGAGAAGAGAAGACGAGAAGAUGAAGAAUUUCAGCGACAAUUGUUGGAGUUGGAGGAGAAGAGACUGCUGGAAAAAAGACAGGAAGAAGAAAAGAAAUUGAAAGAGGCUGAAAAACGUCGUAGAAAAUUGGAGAAUAUGCGUCAGAAAAUCUCGGAUGAGAAUUUGAGCACAGAAAUUGAAUCAGAUUUGGAUGACAAUGAAUCUGAUAGAUCAGACAGAAACUACCAUUCGGAUUCAUCCAACGAGGCUGCGGACUCCGCAGUGGAUGAACCGGAUUCUUACCACCCUUCAGAAGUCAGCAAGAGAUUAACCUUCAGUGAAAACAUGGACACAUCUCACCCAAACAAAGUCAAAAUGGAGAAAGACAUCCCAGCACUAGAUGUGGAUGACAUUUUAUCCGAGUCGGAUGACUUUGUGGAUAAGUUGUUACAAGACAAUCAGGUGUGUAGUGACAGCAAUGAACCCGACAUUGUACGCAGCACGCGAACUCCGCCAAACACAUUGACAUCACUUCCUCCCUCUGUGAUGGAACAAUUAGCGUCCACUUCCCAGAAUUCCCACUCACUCUCACUUCCUCCUCCAGCACAAGCCUCACAACCUAGGGCUCCACCUCGCCGUCGGAGAAAAGAAACAGAACAGCCAUUCAAUGAGCUUUCGAGUGCAGCUAGUACCCCUGAGUGGGACAACAGAGAUUCAGUGCCCCUCCCCUCCCCCUUUUCUGACAGUGGGCCAGAGGCGGACAGGUUUCUUGACCUGAGGGACUGUUUGGGGGGCAGGCGACACAUCAAGAUGGAGGAUGCAGAGUUACAUGCUGUGAAUUCUGACCACACUCGCCCACGAUCAGCCACAAGUGGAAGAUCGAGUUCACUCGGACGGUCUGAGUCACGCUCAAAACCUGGGGCAGGGGGCAGAAACUCAAUGAGUGCACCAUCUCAGGGCAGGAAAACGGCCUCUCUGGGACGAGCUGACGGCAAGCCGAGCUAUCUGGCCAAAAAUGAAAGCAAGUCUGCAUCUGGUUCAUUGGGACAAAGUGAAAGUAAAACUAGUUCUGUUGGGAGAAGUGAAAGUAAAACCCAUAAGAAUGACGAGGGACAGUAUCAAAGUAAGAAAUCCUCUAGUCUACCUCGGAAAAGUUCCAAUGUUUCCAGGAAGUCUGUGGACAGAGAGAGAAGAAAGUCUGGAGACCGGGAUAAGAAGUCUUCCAAGGAUUCAUCCCGCUGUUCCUCUCCAAACACGGAAGAUCCGGAGGGGGAGGUUCCAGUUGCUUCAAGGCCAAGGUCAAACUCUGGAAGAACGUUAACAGAUGAGGAAAUACUCGAGUCUGUGUUGGUGCUUAAUCUGGAUACUGGGGAGAAGGUUCCUCUGAAUAUUGCUGAGGAUAAAAUCCCUAAAGGUGUCAACCCCCUCACUCUACACAUCAUGAAGAUCACCCAGGAAAUGGAAGGGGAGGGUAAGGAAUCGCUGGAGGAGGGAGCCCGCGGAGAGGAAGACAGCAAAUCCCUCUCUGAGGAAACGGGGGUCAAAAGGAAAGGACUAAAACUUAAAAAAUUCUUGGAGAAGAAAAUGAAGAAAAAUGUUGACAAACUGAAAACAGCAGCAGAUCAAGUAAUACAUGGAGAUGAGACUGGUAUUGAAGAGGAGGUAAAUGUCGAUGGGAAAAUCUUCAAGUUGAAGGCACAUCAUAAAGGCACCAAGGAGUUCAACCAGCUCAAGAUGUUACAGGAUAUGAGUGGUGUUCAUACGGAGGUGGAAUGCGACUCUGAUCGCACCAUGGCAGAAGCAGGUGCUGUAUGGACAAUGAAGUUUUCUCCAUGCGGUAAGCUACUGGCAACUGGAGGACAAGACAACAUGCUGAGGAUCUGGGUCCUCAAGGCGGCUUAUCCUCAUUUUGACGACAUGAGGACAAAGUAUGCUGAUGUGCGCGUCUCCCCUGCCCCUUCUCUUGAGAGCCUCAACUCCAUUGUGUCCGAAAACUCAGUCGGAGAUUUUCUCACUCAGGCCCAGACGAUGUCUGAUGAAGACAAGGACGCCCCCUUUAUGUCACGCCCCCUAUGUGUUUAUAAGGGCCACGCCUCAGAUGUUUUAGACGUGUCAUGGUCAAAAAAUUAUUUCAUACUGUCCUCAUCGAUGGAUAAAACCGUGCGGCUAUGGCACAUAUCCAGGAGAGAGUGUCUUUGCAUAUUUCAACACAUUGAUUUUGUGACUGCCAUAGUAUUUCAUCCAAAGGAUGAUCGGUACUUUUUGAGUGGUUCGUUGGACGGUAAACUCAGACUAUGGAACAUCCCGGAAAAGAAAGUCACCAUGUGGAACGAGGUUUCCAGUCUCAUUACCACAGCUAAUUUCUGUCACAACGGCAAAUUUGCUGUAGCGGGAACGUACGAUGGGAAAUGUAUCUUCUAUACAACAGAGCAAUUAAAGUAUUACACACAAAUUCAUGUUCGAUCAACAAGAGGAAAAAAUGCCAAAGGCAGCAAAAUCACUGGUGUGGAACCACUACCUGGGGAAGAUAAGAUUUUGGUGACAUCUAACGACUCUAGAAUACGAUUGUAUGACCUUAGAGAUUUGACCUUGACCUGUAAAUACAAAGGUUGCACUAAUAACAGCAGCCAGAUCAAAGCCAGUUUUAGCCCAAAGUCAAAGUAUCUGAUCUGUGGCUCAGAAGACCAUUUUGUAUAUAUCUGGAAAACUCAGCACGAGUUCUAUAAAUUCUCCUCGGCGAGAAGGGAUCGCAAUGACUACUGGGAGGCCAUUAAGGUUCACAAUGCUACAGUUACGGCCGCUGUAUUUGCCCCCAACCCAUCGCUCUUUAUUCGCUCCAAAAGACAAGAAUCGGAUUCCAGCAAAGAGAUAGAAGAGACCCCCCGCCAAGUAAUGGUGACUGCAGAUUUCACAGGUGCUAUCAAAGUGGUACUUAAUCUUGGACCAAAGCCAACGUGAAGAUUGUUCUCUACAGCACUUCAUGGAGUUCAUCCGUUCCCACGUUAUAAAUGCUACAACAGGCCAUAGCAUUCUCCCAUGACGGUGUCUACUUAUAAACAGACGAUUUCUGUGUUAAAGCAGCUAAUGAAUAUAGAUAAGCCAAGAUAGAGAUUAUAUGAUCCUUUAUUUCAAACAUUAUUCCAUCAUAGUGUUUUACAAAGAGGAUGACAAUUGUACCUUUGUUUAUGAAAUAAUUUUUUUGUUGAUAUUGUGUGUAUGAAUAGUUUACUAGUAGAUACUUCAAUUGUCGAUGUAUUUACACAGUCCCUGAAACCUGUAUUAUUAUGUUUGCUUAUAAACGUUACAUUUUAUUUUCAUUCAUUAAUGGGGUGCUACUGUUAUUUAAUGAAUGUGUAAACUAAGUCUGUAUUAUAACACUAUAUUUCCUUUUAGUCAUGUCCAAUAUUUAUGCUUUAACAAUCUAAUAUUUGAUUAAGAAAAGGUUUUUCUCAAUAACACACUGGUUAAUAUUUUCUCUGAAACAACAACUAUAAGUGAAUAUUUAGUUCCAUAUUCAAAUGAUAACAUUAACUGAUAUAUUCAUUCCGAGGUUUUACAUGUUAAAGUGUUUAUCAACAUCAUAUUUUUACUAUAAGUGGUUUCCUAUUGAAAUUAAGGGGAUAUCAUCAUUAAAUGCAAGUAGUGUAAUUAUCCUGAGGAAAUGUACCAGUUUUUUAUUUUUCUAUAGAUAUCUAAAAAAAAUUGCAAUUUUCAAUUGUCAUUAAGUGAUUAUUCAGAGAAUACGAACCAUUUUGUAUAAUUCAUUUUGUUUGAUUUUUAUAUUUACAAAAAGGUCAGUUUUUGAUCGUUCAAUGAUUGUCCAAAGAAAACAAACACGUUUACAUAUUUUGAACAAAUUUACAUACCCCUGUAAAAUUAGGAUUCUUCAUUUCUUUACAUAAUUCACACAACUCAAAUUUUUACUAAAAUAGAUAUGUAUGAAUCAGGUAAUAAAAAUAAAAAUGAUAUAAAGAAA